UAAAUACUUUAUUGUUCCAAAACCUUUUAUAACCUGUGAAGAAGAAGAUUUUAUAACUGAGGUUAUCACAGACUUACUAAUUCUAUCUUCUUACCUCAACGAUGAUGUAGUAUUUUGGGACAAUCUUGAUGAAGGAUAUCAGAACUUGCAAAAUGCGGCGGAAUGAUGACGCCAACAAUCAGGACAUUGAAGCAAUAAAUGUCUCCAACUAUAAAAAUUUAAAGCAAUAGAUAUAGAAGUUGCAAAAAAUCUGACAUAUUGACUAUAUAAAAGGGGGAAUUGUGUUUUGGGCCCAGUUGGGCCCAAAAAUUAACAAAUGGUCCAUAUAUGUUACAGAAUUAAUAGAAAGGUUAUGAGAUAUUGAGUGACCUAUAUACCCUUCUAAUUUCCAAGUCAGAUUGCUGUAAAUUAAAAGGGAGAAUUGUGUUAAAUGUGAAAUGCCAUGUCACCUUCGCUUCUGUCAGCACUCUCGAUGAAACCUCUGAACUGAGCGGAGCUUAUCAAUGGCGUCCCAAAUGGCGAUCCUGUCCAGAGCCUGUAAAACCCUCCUCAAAACCCUAAACCACCACAACAAUCCCUUUAAAGCUUCCAUUUCCACCUUCACAUUCCUCUCCCAGGAAGCCUAACUCGCCGAGCCCAGCCUUCCCCCGCCAUCUCCCACUCCACUUCCUCCCAACCCCGCCUCAGGGAGCCCGCUCUACAAUUAUUUUUUACGGAUGGACCUUUACUUUAUUCAUAUCAGGAUGCUGCAGACAGGAAAGGAAUCUAUGCCUGAUGAUGAGUCAUAUGAAUUGGUUGUUGGUAUGCUGUUUUUGACAGACCAGAUUGAUGUUGCCUUGAGAUAUGUUGAUUUGACUUUGAAAUCUGGUUAUAUGUUGUCAAUGAGGGUUUUUGCUGAGUGUGUGAGAAAUUGUGUUAACAAAGGCAGGCUGGAUGCUUUGGUGUCUAUUAUAGAGAGGUGCAAGACAAUGGAUCAGAAUAAAGCUCUUUCUCCCUCCUGGAACAUGUGCAUCUUCAUUGCAGAUAUUGCGAUGCAAGAGGAUAAUAGCAAGUUAGCUUUUUAUGCCCUGGAAUUCAUGGCCAGAUGGAUUGCUCGAGGUGAGAAUGCAAGGGGUCCUGUUCUACUCUCUGUGGAUGAGGGGCUUGUUGUAUCAGCACUUGAAACUGCUGGUAGGACUUACAGUUCUACUCUUCUAGAUGCAUCAUGGGCGAUCCUACGACGAUCAUUGCGUCAAAAGAAGGCACCUCAACCAGAAUCUUAUCUUGCAAAAUAUAUGUCGAUGCAGCAUUGGGGAAUUUGUAGAGAGCAUUUAGCACUUUGCAUGAGUUUGAAACCGCUUAUAGGAACUCCCCCAAAGAAGCAAAAGAGGAUAUAUUCUCACCUUUUACAUCUUUACAUCCAUUGGUAAUGGCAAGCUCCAAGAAUGGUUUUGAAACUUUGGACACAGUUUGUCUUCUUAUUUGUAAAAGUUUCUGUUCUCACAAUUCAUUUACUAUAGUUGGUUGAUUUUCCAUAAAGUGAUACUGAAAUCUGAUUAGGGUGUAGUUUAUUUUUACUUUUAUUGUUUUUAGUCGUUUAGGUUCAAUUUAGAUCACGAAAAGUAGAAGGGAAACUCAAU